AUGAAGAUGAAAAUACCAAAGGCACCUAAGAAUCGCCCACGCGGAGGCUCAUUUGGUGCUGCGCCCACCAGACCACAAACCGUCAACAAAGCAAACCCGGACAUUCGAAAGUAUGUUCAAAAGACGCUGAAGCUGGACAACAGGGAGAGCUGGCUUUCCUAUCCAGAAAUACCCACAGCGCGGGAGAUUAUGGGCCAAACAAAUGCAAUCGAUCUGGAGGAAAACAUUAUUGAUCUUCCCACGAACCAGAUUGACGAGCCAUGGGAGUCUACAAAGACAUACUUGAGCGCUCAUUAUGAGCUUUUAAGAGAGGAUUCAGUAGCCCUACUGCGUGAUGCAGUGGCUCUCGUGCGAGAUGAGCCUUCUAUGACCGACACUCAAGAGAUCUGCGUCUAUGAAAAGGUCUAUAUCACCGGAAUAACGCUUUCACCAAAAGGCGUUGCGACCAAGAUAUCCUUCUCCACUGCCCGUGCAGGGAAAAAUAUCGUGUGGGAAUACUCAAGCCGGUUGAUAACUGGAUCCAUGGUGGCACUGUCUCCAGCUGAAGAUUCCUUUCAAACUCAGUGCCUUGUUGCUAUCGUGGCCGCGCGACCCCUAGAACAGCUAAAGAAUCGACCUCAUCAAAUCGAUAUUUUCUUUGCCGACACAAACAAUGCACCUUUUGAUCCUCAACAGGAGUGGAUAAUGGUGCAGCCCAGGUCCGGGUACUUUGAGUCAAAUCGACACACGAUGAAGACUCUACAAGUGAUGAAUAGUGAAGUGUUUCCAUUCUCGGAACACAUAUGCAGUCUCAAGCCUGAAAUUGGUCGCCCGGCAUAUGUCAAAGAGAACUCACGAAUGAAACUUUUCACCAACGAGUACAUUGACAUACUGUCUGAUUGGCCUGGGAAGCCCCAAAAUAAUCUUGAUGAAUCUCAAUGGGAGGCUCUUCACCAGAUCUUGACGAAGAGACUGGCGAUAAUACAAGGUCCGCCAGGGACAGGCAAGACUCAUGUAUCUGUUUCUGCACUAAGAUUGUUCCUGGGAAAUUGGAGGCCAAACGACCCGCCAAUUGUGGUCGCAGCACAUACCAACCAUGCUCUUGAUCAGUUGCUCAAUCAUGUUUCAGCUUUUGUACCAGACUACAUUCGCCUCGGAGGUAGAAGUCUGGAUGAGAAUGUGAAAAAGCGAACUCUAUUCGAAGUGAGUAAAGGCACUUCAGUACCACGCCUACAUGGGAGCAUUCUACCCGCCAUCCGGCAGAAGCUCGAUAAUCUAAGGGAUGCGAUGGCCGAAUUGUUAUCUGCGUUCUCUGGUGAGGAAGUGCASGAGCCACUUCCAGCUGCAUUCUUUCUUCAGCACGGUGCUAUAACAGAGAAACAGCACGAACUUCUCUGUGAAGGGGCCAGUCAGUGGGCAGGAUCUAGUACGGAAGCUAUCAAUAUUUGGCUAGGAGACGCAUUCACCAACCAUCGUGUUAGCUAUGAUGACGAUGGGCUCAAACAAGAAGAGGAUGAGGCGGACCUAGAAUAUGAGCAGCUGAAAGAGCUCGAACAAGAGCAGGACUACUUGGAUGACGUGAUCGAGGCUAUCAGAGGGACCUUCUUACCUUUACGAGAACCUUUUGUUGGAUUAGACAAUUCUGAUGAGACUGAAAAUAUCGAAGUGGAUAUUGAAGAUCUCUGGCAGAUACCUCCUGGCAGAAGAGGUAGCCUCUACAAUAAGCUUAGGCAACGCGCCAAAACCCGUUUACUUUCAGUCUUCAGACAUCAUACCCUAAAAUACAAUGCUGCAGCCACAGAUCGGCAAGUCGGCAAAUGGGAACACGAUUUUGUUGUGCUCAAGGACGCUAAAUUAAUUGGAAUGACUACUACCGGACUGAGCAAAUAUCGUGCUUUAGUCUCAGCCCUGAAGCCAAAGAUUAUCAUGAUUGAGGAAGCAGCCGAGACAAUUGAAGCUCCGAUAACUGCAGCAUGUGUAGAGUCGUUGGAACACUUGAUUCUUGUCGGCGACCAUAAACAGUUGCAAGGAAGCUGUGCUGUCAGAGAAUUAGAAGACGAGCCUUACUUUCUCAAUGUCUCGAUGUUUGAGCGACUAGUAAAAAAUGGUGUCGACUUCAGAACCUUGACAUUGCAGCGUCGCAUGGCCCCGGCGAUUCGAUGUUUGCUCACACCUAUCUAUGACAGCAUUCAAGAUCAUGAGACAGUCAAUGACCUCGCAAAGGUACCAGCCAUGGGAGACCUCAGAGCAUUUUUCUUCUGUCAUAACUGGAAAGAAAACUCUGACAAUUUGCUUUCAAAGUACAACCAGAAUGAGGCGCUCAUGGUUGCAACUUUCUUCGUCUAUCUGGUCUUGGCCGGUGUUGAUUCCAGCCAUAUAACUGUGCUUACGUUCUACAACGGUCAGCGGAAGAAAAUCCUCAAACUUUUGAAAAGCAACAGACACCUUCAGGGCAGACAUCUCAAAGUUUGCACGGUCGAUUCCUAUCAAGGAGAAGAAAACGAGAUUAUAUUGUUGUCUUUAGUACGAAGCAGUGAACAAAAUGGAAUCGGUUUCCUCAAGGUCGAAAAUCGAGUCUGUGUCGCAUUAUCUCGUGCUCGUUGCGGAUUCUACAUGUUUGGUAAUGCUGAACAUUUGGCCGGUGAAAGCCCUCUAUGGAUGGAAGUGAUCCGCAUUAUGGGCGAAGCAGACCCGGCAACUACUUGUAUCGCACGCUAUAUUCCAUUGAUUUGCGAAAAGCAUGGCAACGAGGAGUUCGUAGAGUUGCCGGAAGAAAUGGCCGAGCUAACAGGAGUGAAUCCCAGUUUCCGUGGACAGAAGCCCGUAUUACCAACAACGUCGACUCCCCAUCAACAAGCAAACCACGGCACCAAAUCUUCAGUAAAUUAUGCAGAAAAGGUACGUCUUGCGGCAUAUCAGCAAUUUGCGAAUGGCGGCGUCAAAGAUCAUGAUCGUUCUUUGGCAGAGACAAUGCAAGCCGAAAGUGCACAGGAUAUGCUUGCCCGACUGGAUGCUGAAGCGGAAGCGAACUUGUUUGCAGACGACGAGUUAGAAGAUUUCGAAGUUGAUGUUGUUACCGAAGAAUCUGCGGCAGGAAAUGCCUCGGAAGCGGAAAGGGAGAUGAACAGCAACAGCAUGAACAGUUCACCAUCUCGGAGACGCUGGGUCGAUUCAUACAAUCCAUCUGGAGGAAUGAAGAAGAUGGCUGUCAGCACCAGUCAGAUGAGUUUACUUGACCUAUCAGACUGA